AAAGAAAAUAAUAAAAAAGAACCGUCCAUAUACUUUUCAACCAACUUAAGAAAUAUUAACACCACCUUUGAAAGGUCCCGUGGGUACCUGUUUGGCUGCAUAUGGGAUCAUUGGGGGUGACUAUUUUGUUCAGUUGUAGUUUUAAUACCCAUCAUUACUACUAUCUAUGUCCUAGUGGACUACUAAUUUAAUCUCCAGGUAAUUCCGUUUAAGCGACAUGUAAAAAUAAGGGAACCGUUCAUGUUUCUCUUAAGCAUCUUGAAUAGCGGCCGCUAGACACUGCUAGUGGAGUUAAGACGGGACGGAGGGUGGGAAGAUACCCGACUUCACUUUUCAGGCUUGUGAUUACUGGCUGGGAGAGGCGGGGAAACCUCUGGGAUGCUCUGGACGCCGGCGGCUUCCGAAGCGUUCUUCCGAUGGGAGACACGUGGGCCGGGCGGCUCUAGGAUAAUGUGGGAGAGGUGACACUCUAGGAACUGGGCCGGCUUGGAAGGCCUUUCAGAGACUGCGCCCCACACGAGGGUAUCGGGGCCAUACAGCGACCUCCGGAGGACGUGUCGCCUGGGGCAUUUUUCCUACCCGGAAGAUCAGUCCCGCGGGUCUCUUCCCAGCUCCCGUGGCUGGGCCUCCCCCACCUCCCUGGGUCAACGCUUCCUCUAGCUCCUCCGCAAUCUCCCCUCCCCCGCCCCGCGUUCAGCGAAUCCGCGGCGCCGCAGACCCCUGCUAGCGGGCGUCAGAUGCCCGGCGGCAGCCAGGGCGCCCUGAGACUGGCCUUGGCCGAGCAGUGACCGCAGGCGUUGUCUACGCCGCGUGGACCUACGUCUCCACCCUGCGUCCGCCACGGGGGCCACACCUACCGGGACCCAGGGCCUAGGCUCCAGCGCGCGGGCGCGCGGAAAGAGGGAAGAUUAGGGCGGUGGGGAUGGAGAAGGGGAAGGUGGUGAAGAAGGGGAAGGAGCCGGAGAAAGAGAAAAUUCGGGAAAAAGGAAAGGAGGAGAAAGAGAAAAAGGAGGUGGAGAAGGAGAAAAUUAAAGGAAAAGAAAAGAAGGGGAAAGGAAAGGAGGAGAAAAGUAACUGUAGAGAGGAAAAGAGGAAAGAGCGGGAGACCCAGAAAGAGAAGGAACAACUUAAGGGAAAAGAAGAGAAAGAGAAGGACAGCAGCGCCUUGACAAAGCCCCCGCUGGAGCCGCCGGAGAAAAAUAAGCAGAUCCUUGUGUUGGGCCUGGAUGGAGCAGGAAAGACCAGUGUUCUGCACUCUCUAGCUUUAAACAGAGUCCAGCACAGUGUGGCACCCACCCAAGGCUUCAAUGCAGUAUGCGUCAACACUGAAGAUCACCAGAUGGAGUUUCUGGAGAUUGGUGGCAGUGAACCUUUCCGUUCCUAUUGGGAAAUGUACCUGUCCAGAGGAUUGCUGCUGAUCUUUGUGGUGGAUUCAGCAGAUCACAACAGAUUACCUGAAGCCAAGAAACACCUUCAUCAAUUAAUUGGAACAAACCCAAUCCUUCCUCUGGUUGUGUUUGCAAACAAACAGGAUCUUGAAGCAGCCUAUCGUAUUACAGAUAUCCAUGAAGCUUUGGCAUUGUCUGAGGUGGGAAAUGACAGGAAGAUGUUCUUGUUUGGAACCCAAGUGACUGAGAACGGCUCAGAAAUACCCUCCGUCAUGCAAGAUGCCAAAGACUUGAUUGCACACCUGGCUGCAGAUAUGCAGUGAUCACGCCCAGGCCCACUGUGCAGCUCUCAAUCUAAAUGUCACCAGGGAAGGUUGAGUGACAGGUUUGAAGCCAAACAUUUCCACUGUCAAAUAAAAAAUAAACCAUUUCCUAUUUUCUUAAUGCAUGACAUAUAUACAAAGAUAAUGUUAAUUGAUUAAGAGCCUCUCUACAUUUAGAUUUUGAGCUUUGAAAAUAUUGGUAAAAUAAUAUGUCUGGGGGGAUUUGGAUUUUCAUCAACAAAAUUAAAGUGAAGAUUAGUAAGCAUUCAAACCAUUUGCAGUUUUUCGGUGACCAGAGAUUUAAAUUAAAAUAUUUUAAUAAACGACCUCUUUUCAAGUAAAAAUCUAGGUGUCUUUCCUUAAGUAGAUUCGCAUAACGCUGAAAGGAAAGAAAUAUCAGGAUAAGGCAAGGAGAAAAGUAAGCACUACCAGACAUACAUAGAAAUAUAAAGUAACAGCAUUUAGAAAGAUUUAGGAAAGACUUCUCUUUUAGGGGCUGAUAUACUAGAAUAGGAACGCUGAGGAUUUGAUUUUUAAAUACUUGACAUUUUGCUUUUAUACAUAGAUAAGGUUUCUUCGCCAGAAAUAUUUUACGAUAAUUCUGUUUACCUACAAACAUGAUAAAAAUCCAACUUUUAACCUUAGUGUCUUGUCUUGAUUUUAAAAACAAACAAAAGGACUUCAGUUUCUAGUCAGUAUGUAAGAAGCUCGGAAGCUGCCACUCCAUUCUAACAAGUGAAAAGCUAAACAGACUGAAAAAUCAACAGCUCUUCUAGGAUCCAUAAAAGGCGAGGACACAAGGCAAACUGCUGCCCCCAAGACUGAAGAAACCAAGAAGAGAAAAUUUACUGGAGCAGAGCUUCAUGAAUGGAAACAACUGUGGGAACCAGUGCCAAGGGAGGAAAACCAGAACUGUAAUUGACGAACUGCUGGAGGCUCAGACGGAUGACUAUGAGUAAAAACUCCAGGUGAUCCAGACACAGUGGGGUCCCUACAAUUUUGUGAGACUUCUUUAGGAGCUUGAUGAGAUUCCCACAGCAAAUAUUAGAGAAAAAUCCCUUGGUGCUUCCAGAGGAGGGAAAAAGGAAUCAAUUUGAAAUAUGCCAAGUAUACCAAAGCACUGUGUUUUUAUUAACAAGGCCUGCCUUCAGGGGAAACUAGUUAACCAGAACCUAACUUGCUGGGGUACUAACAGAGCCUAACCUGGGGAAGAGAAAUGCCCAACUCCAGCCCAUUCGAGCCAUCUUGUCCCACAUAAGCAAAGAAGAAAACAAAGACACACAUGUGAAGUUCACUGUCCAGAGGCACAGGCUCACUAAAAGACUAAGAUUAAUCGUAGGAGUAUAGAACACUUCCCCCUCCCACACCCCACCACCACCUUACUAAAGGUCUGUUUGUAGCAGUUUCUUUUACUUAGUACAUCAUGCUUGGCU